GCUCUACGUCACCACUACGCGCCGGAAGUGGCUCAGAUCCUUCCAGGUUCCCCGGAAGUGGCGGAUUCAAGGCUUUGCUGCUAAUUCUGACUCCUAACUUGAGAUGGGUUGCGACGGGGGAACAAUCCCCAAGAGGCAUGAACUGGUGAAAGGACCGAAGAAGGUUGAGAAGGUUGACAAAGAUGCUGAAUUAGUGGCCCAAUGGAACUAUUGCACUCUAAGUCAAGAAAUAUUAAGACGACCAAUAGUUGCCUGUGAACUUGGCAGACUUUAUAACAAAGAUGCAGUCAUUGAAUUUCUAUUGGACAAAUCUGCUGAAAAGGCUCUUGGGAAGGCAGCAUCUCACAUUAAAAGCAUUAAGAAUGUGACAGAACUAAGGCUUUCUGAUAAUCCCGCCUGGGAAGGGGAUAAAGGAAACACGAAAGGUGACAAGCACGAUGACCUCCAGCGGGCACGUUUCAUCUGCCCUGUCGUGGGCUUGGAGAUGAAUGGCCGGCACAGGUUCUGCUUCCUUCGGUGCUGUGGGUGUGUGUUUUCUGAACGAGCCCUGAAAGAGAUAAAAGCAGAAGUUUGUCACACGUGUGGGGCUGCCUUCCAGGAGGAUGACGUCAUUGUGCUUAAUGGCACCAAGGAGGAUGUGGAAGUGCUAAAGACAAGGAUGGAGGAGAGAAGGCUGCGAGCGAAGCUGGUAAAGAAAACAAAGAAACCCAAAGCGGCAGAGUCGGUUUCAAAAUCAGAUGUUGUUGAAGAAGCCCCAGGGCCAUCAAAAGUUAUGGCAGCAAAGCCUGAAGAAAUCGGCCUUGAUUCUAGAGAGAAGAAAACCAACUCUGCUCCCAGGAGUGCAGCAACAAAUGAGAGCUCCUCUGGAAAAGCCAGGAAGCCCCCGUGUGGGGCCAUGAAAAGGUCCAUCGCCGAGAGCGAAGAAUCGGAAGCCUACAAGUCCCUCUUCACCACCCACAGCUCAGCCAAGCGCUCCAAGGAGGAGUCAGCCCACUGGGUCACCCACACGUCCUACUGCUUCUGAAGCUCAUGCCUGCGUUCCACCCUACAAGAAGGUUCUUGUUAGUUUACCCGUAGGCCGGUUUUUGUGAUUCUCUGAUUGUAGCGUGUAUUCUCUGGUGUCGUUCCUUUGCACGGUGUCAUAAACUUGUCCUCACCAACCUUGGAGCGGGCGUGGUCACUCUUGCUGUGAGGCGCAUUGGUUCUACGGGGUCACAGUGGGUGGCUGCAGAGUGACUGUCCCCCUCUCCUGCAGGCCCGAGUGGGUACUCACUUCCACCUGCAGGUACACUUGGACCGUUCCAUGGCCGGAAAGUCAUGUUGGCUGCACUUCCUAUGCUUGCAAUCAUGAGACUCCAGGUUUCUUCUGGGUGUGUGAUUGGCUCAUUUUGACUAAAAUUCUAAUGAUUUUGCUGCCAGUGGUAAAUUAAGCAGGGCAAAUGAAGCCAAGCUUUCGAAGGGACGAAUUUCAAAUACACUCUGCCUCCUGGAGGCUCUGAAGGGCUUCGUCCCUCUGCCCCUGCCCUGCUGCUCUGGGGCACAGGGACUCUUCCCUGUCUCCUCGUUUGGUAGAUAGCAGAGACUUAGCUGGGCACCUAAUGAUUUGGUACAAAAAUAAAGCUGCUCUGCCUUUUCUCUCA